AUGGCAGAUGCGCAUGUCACCGAGAAUUCCAGCUCUAGCGAAAUACCCACGACAGAGCAAUCUAAUCCGAGUAGUAAUGAAAGAGAAGCUAGCAUUAUCCUCAAUGGAAUCCAGCGAAAUUACCAAUCGCGGAAGCCAAAAUGGUGGCGACAGCUCUCGGGAAAGGCUACCAAAGGACAGAGGCGUUGCAUGGCCGAAAUGCAGUCGCAUCGACUAAAGACGCCGGCGUACAGAGAAUUCUUUCAGUUUGACCACAUAUUCGGCAGAGCAGAUCCGACAGUUGGUGUGGAAAUCGGUUUCGGCAGCGGACACAAUUUGCUCUGCCUUGCACAAAAGUAUCCCGACAUUUACUGGAUCGGAUCCGAGAUACACAAACCGGGUCUCGGUAAGGUAUAUCUAAAGAUUAAGGAAGGGAUUCGUCGGAAGGCCUUGUGGACGGGCUACACUAUCUACCGCGAAGAACUAGAUCCUGCCUUUGGUGGAUCUCAUCCGGAAAACGUGAAUGAGAAAGAUGAAUGGAUUGACACUAACGAGCCACUUGAACACCACCCCUAUUCCAAUUUGCGUUUGUGCGGGGAUGGCGUCAAGAUUCUUCCGUACCUGGACGAAGCAACAGUCGAUUUGUUUCUGGUAACGUUUCCGGAUCCCUUCCCCAAGGAACAUCAACAGCGAUGGCGUAUUUUCCAGACCAGCACUGUCAAAGAAAUGCGGCGUGCUCUGAAGCAAAAUGGCAAAUUGUUUCUGGCAACGGACGAUGAGAGAUGUUUUCAGUGGGCACAAGAUGUAGUUGAUCGAGUUAAUGCGGAAUCUGAGUGUUUUGCAAGACUUUUGGCGUGUCCGCCUCGACAGGAAUGGUUGCCAUGCGUCAGCCAAUACGAGCUCCAAGGCUGGGCCGAAGGACGGGAAACCAAUACAAUAUGCUGGGAAGCAAUUGGAUAGUUCCAGAAUACUCUACCCGAGAAUUUGGUGUUUUCACCGGCCUGUAGCUAAAGAGAGGGGAAACGGCCAACUGCUGUCAGAAAAAAGCUUCUCGUUGUUGCUGUACACGAGACCUUCCUAUGUGGGUUUCGCGGGAAAACCAGCCUGCAAACUUUUUAUAUCCGCACAGUAUACUGUCAGUUCCCACGAAAUUCCGAAAGGAGGUAGCUGUCUAAUUAUUU